AAUAAGUCUGAAUGAGCAGAAGUCAGAAACAAGACAAGAUAUGAUAAUAGAGAUUAUUCAAGAAUUAUAUUCACUUAAGCAAAAUAGUAUAAAGGUACAGUUUUUGUGGGUUCCGGAUCAUAUUGGGUUGAGAGGUAAUGAAGAGGCAGAUGUUUUAGCAAAAAAGGCCAUAGAGCGAGAGAUAGUUGAUAUCCAGAUUCCUUUUAGUAGGUCAGAAAUAAAGUCAAUAAUCAAAAAGUAUAUUCUGAAAUUAUGGCAACAGUAUUGGGACACUGACAAAAAAGGUAGAAAUUUGUAUCUCAUACAGUCAGUAGUGGGUAAGGGAAGAGUAUCAGGUGGGAGCAGAUUUGAGGAGAUCAUAAUUACAAGAUUAAGAUUGGGGCAUACAAGGUUGAACAGUUCAAUGCAUUUAGUAGGCAAACAUCCAACGGGUCUAUGUGAGGUAUGUGGUGUUAAUGAAACAGUUGAGCAUGUUAUAAUGCACUGUAGGAAAUAUACUGUUGAAAGGAAUGAGUGGAAGGAUGAACUAGUAAAUAAGGGUGAGCAGUUUACAAUAAAACAUUUACUAAAUCCAGGUAGAAACAUAACACCAUUAUUGUUACAAUUUUUGGGAAGUACAGGUUUGCACAAACGUAUAUAAGUAUGUAGGUUAAGAUUUUUUUUUUUUUCCUCAUUUAUUUUACCCCUCCAUGGGGGCUUAGUGUGAGAACGGAGGAGCUGAACACGCAGCGCCGGACGAAACCUCAGCCUCUAUGCGGGUAUAAGAAUUAAGGGCGAUUGUAUGUAGGUUGGUGGAGUAAGGUAAAUCAAGAGAUUGUAUGUAGAGUGUCAAUGGUCCAUGUGGGUGAUAGGUGGCGGUAAUGCACUUAUGUGUUUGCGAUCCGCCGUAAAACAACAAGAAGAAGAAGUUAUGUGACGUCAGAUGCGUAUUCCCGCCAGUAAACCAGCAGAAGAAGAGCAGUGAAUAAACCUGUGUCAACGUUACAGAAUACUCGACUACAAAAUGAACCCAGCAGUUCAGCUACAGCGUUUACGCCAGGGAAACCGUUCCAUAGAGGAAUAUGUGGAAGACUUCUGUGCUCUGGCUGUCACGGCCGCCACGCCUGAGUCCCCUGUCACGGCCGCCACAUUCCCGGAGCCAGCGUUGCAAGCCUCUCGUUCGUCCCGGAGCUAGCGUUGCAAGCCUCUCGUCCGUCCCGGAGCCAGCGUUGCAAGCCUCAGCCACCACGUCUGCCACAUCAUGCCAUGUUGCCAUGUCUCCCACGUCAUCCCAUGCUGCCACGCCUGCCAUUCCUACCUCGUCAUGCCAUGCUGCCACGCCUGCCAUUCCUACCUCGUCAAGCCAUGUUGCCAUGCCUGCCAUUCCUACCUUGUCAUGCCAUGUUGCCACAUCUGGCAUAUCAUGCCAUGUUACCACGCCUGCCAUGCCUAGUCAAGAGGCCCUACCUUGCCAUAUUGCCAUAUCUCUGUCCCCUAAGCCUCCCACGGCUCCGCCUUCUGAUUCUCCCACAGCUGUGCUCAUGGCCGUCUGGAAGCGGAAGAGAAGGAGGACUCCUAAUACCCAGGCACUGCCUGUGUUCAUGGCCAUGGAGACCGUUCCCAUCACUGCCUGUGCUCAUGACCACGGAGGUCGUUCCCCUUUCACUGCCAGUGUUCACGGCCAUGGAGGUCAUUCCUCUGUCACUGCCAGUUUGAACGACCACAGAGAUCCCCUUUCCCUUCCUGUACCCACAGCCACAAAGGCUGUUCCCCCGUCAAAUCCAGUGCCCAUGACCACGGAGGUUGUUCCCUCAUCACUGUCUGUGCUCACAGUCACUAAGACUGUUCCCCUGUUAUGGUUAGUGCCCGAGCCUUCCAUGGCUCUGCCCUCUUAGCCGCUCCCUCCGGAACCCUAUCUAGCGGCCGCAGCCCAGAACUCUGUCCCCUCUGCCCCGUGGCCACCUCCCAGGCUUCCUGACCCUGUCCCUGUCCCUGUCCUGUGGUCACCCCCCCAAACUGCCGGACCCUGCUCCCUUCCUGGAGCCACCACCAAACCCACCACCGGCUCCAAUGAAAUAAUUGAUUACUGUACUCAUAUAAUUGAUGAUACUGUAAUAAUCUCACCUGUAGUAAAUUCAUCUAUUCUCUAGGAAGUUAUUACAGCCUUUAGAAUGUGAAAAUACCAUUUUGGUUAAUUUUAGUGACUAUUUUUCUAAAAUAAUUGAUUACUGUACUUACAUAAUUGAUCAUACUGUAAUAAUUGCACCUGUAUUAAGUCCGUCUAUCCUCUGGGAAGUUACUACACCCUUUAGAAUGAGAAAAUAUCAUUUUGGUGAAUUUUAGUGAAUAUUUUUCUAAAAUAAUUGAUUACUGUACUUACAUAAUUGAUCAUACUGUAAUAAUUGCACCUGUAUUAAGUCCGUCUAUCCUCUGGGAAGUUACUACACCCUUUAGAAUGAGAAAAUAUCAUUUUGGUGAAUUUUAGUGAAUAUUUUUCUAAAAUAAUUGAUUACUGUACUUGUAUAAUUGAUCAAUACUGUAAUAAUCUCACCUGUAGUAAGUCAGCCUAUUCUCUGGGAAGUUACUACAACAUUCUGAAUGUGAAAAUAUAAUUUUGGUGAAUUUUUGUGAAUAUUUUUCUAAAAUAAUUAAUUACUGUACUCAUAUAUUGAUGAUACUGUAAUAAUCUCACCUUUAGUAAAUCCAUAUAUCCUCUAGAAAGUUACUACACCCUUUAGAAUGUUAAAAUAUCAUUAUGGUGAAAUUUAAUGAAUAUUUUUCUAAAAUAAUUGAUUACUGUACUUAUAUAAUUAAUGAUACUGUAAUAAUCUCACCUGUAAUCAGUCAGUCUAUCCUCUGGGAAGUUACUACAACAUUCUGCAUUUGAAAAUGUAUUUUAGGUUUUUUUUUUUUUUUUUCAUGUAUAACUUGCACGUCAAUUGAAUGAGUGGACAUCUAUGUUUUAGCGUAGUGGGUGGAGUUUUCAGACCGUCCCUUACAUCUGCUAGGCAGUCAAAGCCCAUUGGAGCAUUUCAGGCAUAAUUUUGCAGCCACAUCAAGCGUUGACUGUUCUGAAUCCAAUUUUUAUGCCCAUACAGUAUAGUUGUACUCCCUUUAAACCAAGUGCGCUAAUUGACAUCUUUGUAAGAUUGUCGACUGUAAGCGAAACGAAUAUCCAACGAACGUCGAACGUCAAACUAACUUUACUGCGGUGCAUUUCUGAGGCUGAGACAAAAGUUUAGACAUUUUUAUUUUUAGUUAAGUAUAUAAAUUACACAGAUGUAACA